AGCGAGGCGCUGAUUUUUGAGAAUUGUGCUGUACAGCGCUGCAUACUGCCUAAAACAACGCCAGAGAUACCUCGCAGAGACCAGUGUUCACCAGUACUGGGCCUCAGCCAAAAGAAACGCACUCAUCGGACGAUUAGACGACGUUUUUUGCUCCACGAGUCAAAAGCCUCAACUUUUUUGAACAGCGCGAGCGAUGGAAGCCCGCCUCGCAGCCCUCAACCUCUCACACUAUGCUGCAGCGCUACGGGGCCACGAGAUCGACGACGACAUCCUAAAACUGAUGACCGUCGCGGACCUGCGCGAGGCGGGCCUCGACCCAACUGCAGCGCAGCGCCUGCACGCGGACGUGUCUGGCGUCGCCGCGCCGCCGGGCCUCGCGCCGCCGCCGGGCUUCAGCGCACCGUCGCCGCGCGCCCUUGCUGCGCUGGGCUUCGACAGUGCCACGUCGCAGAGCGCGCCUAUGCCGCUCGCGGACGCGCCGCCGCCGGGCUUCCAGCAACGCGCGACCGGCGCUACGACGUCUCCGUGGGGCAGCCGGGAGUCGUCGCCGCGCGCCGCCGCGGAGGAGCCAUGGAGCAGCAGACCGCCUGUUCUCACGCACGCGUCGACGACGUCGGUCGCCCACGACGAGGACGACGACGACGACGACGCCUUCGCGGGUUUCCUGCCGAGCGACCUGCUGGACGACGACGACGACGACGCGGACGCGGCGGUCGUCGCACGGGUCGCGGGCGCCUCCAAGGCCGUGGCGGACCUCGACCCGAAGCUGCGCCUCGCCGUGCAGCUCGUCCUCGCGGUGGCCGUCGUCGAAAGCAUCCGUCGCUUGGUGGCGAUCGCCGGCGAGGCGUUGGUCGCGCUUGCGCUCGGCGCGGGCUACGUCCUCUACCGCCGGGGCCGGGCGCGGGCCGCGCCGCUGCCGAUCGUCUGCGCCGUCCUCGCCGGCAAGGCGCGCUCUGCGGUCGACGACAGCACAUUCCACGCUGUGAUAGCCCAACUCCUCGCGCUCCUCUGCGCGGCGGCGUGCUGGUGGCUCGCGACGCGGCCGCGCAAGAAGCGGCGGCGCCGCCCGCCGGUCAUAAAACAGAAGUCCGCCGACGACUGGAACGUGGCGACGGGCGCCGCGUCGAACGCGCCGAAACGAAAGAAGAAGAAGGGCAAAACACCGCGCGCGAAGACGCCGCGGGCCGUUGCUCCCGCGCCCGAGCCGGCCCCAAAACCGGAGCCGGAGCCCGAGCCCGAGCAACCGGAGCAACCGGAACCCGAAGCAGCGCCGCGCCGCCGGAACCAGCGCUCGCGGCAGGCGCCGGACCCGCGGCUUGCCGCCGCGUUGUUUGGGGGGCGCUAGACUGUCUAAUGUGAUAAAUGUUCGGA